AUGGAGCGCUCUUCCGCCACGCUAUCAAAGUCAUUGCUCGAAUCACUUUGCCAUCAUGUCGGUUUACCUGACCGACUGCCGAACGGAAAGGAAAAUAAUCUCGAGGAGAUCGAGAACAAACUUGCGGAUCUUGCUCUUCAAGCAUGUUUUGACUUGAGCGACUCAACUGAAGGUGAUCGGGCCCAAUCGAUCUGGGAAAAGAUCGCGACAUCCAUCCACACAGCGCGCCUACUAAACGAGGGAGGCAAAUUGGAGUCUCGAUCUCUUUUACGAGCAUUUCGUGAGCUUGAUCAUGAUCAAGCAUUAAUACUCCAUGUAGUUGAGCAGAAUGCGGGAUUGAUCAUUCGCCAUAUUCAAAGCGAAUCGGAGACACUAGUUCUAUUCGAGUCUUUCGAGGUAUCGGCUCUGUCGGAGAAUGUUCUUGCAGCUACAGGAGGGCUCCAACGAGAAUUCCCUGGCUGUUCGGUUGCGAUCCCAUCCACAAUUUUCAGCGAUGCCUCCUUUCAAAGCGAGCUCGCUUUAUUUCUGUCCAAGGCUAGCCAUGAAUCAAUCAAACGCUUUGCAGCCAAGACACGAAAAGCUGGAUCUUUGGCUUACGAGAGCCGGGAUACUGUCCAUCCAGCCUUGAUUACAGAAAUGCUCAUGAGCUUGCUCCAAGCCAACGGUAGACUCUUGCCAACCCCUGUGACUCAGAAAAUUGUCCACGACGAUGUCUGCUGGGACAACAGGGAACAACCAUGGCGCAGAUCCCCAUUCUGGUUGGUCUUGCGCGUGGGGAUUCAACGACAAUUGUGCGAACUGUCUGAUUGGGAAGAGGGCAGGGUUUGUUACAAGUUCAUGAUGUGCGAAGUGAUUGCGAAUCUUAUCGACAAAGCUGUACAAAUUCUCGAGCCGGACUUGUUGUCAGCCCUACAACAUAAACUUGGACGGCGGUUGACAAAGCUCGAGGUCGACAAAAAAUCAGCCGAUGUUAGGGUGCGGGAAGUCUAUGCUCAACUAUUUGCUCGUCGUGGUGACGCCUAUGAGUCGAUCAUCAACAACGUCACCUUACAAAUUGAGGGCGUAUGGUCCAACUUCAAAACACGAACGAAACGCUCCAUUCCUUCGUUAGAGCAAUACAGAAAUUCAGCUCAUGGUUCCAAAGAUGUUAAAUUACCUCUAUUGAACUGCUAUCCGUAUAUCACCCAAAUUCUUGAGGAGGCCAAAACUCGGAAAGCCAUCAACUACCAACAUUCUUCAUUCGUCUUCAACGCUUCUUCGACCGUCGCUCAAAAAGCUAGAGAGUUUGCUCAAAGAUGUUUUAAGCUGGCUGAGAUGGAAGCGAAGAUAAAGAAAGAAUGUGAACCACAGCACAUGGGUCGAGAUUCUACAGAUGAACAGAAGUGUAAUGCUCGUGCAAGAGCCUUCAGAGAGUAUGUGAAGCACGUACGGGACUUUUAUGAUGGAAACUCGGAACAAAAAGGUGUCAUGUUAUUGUUGGUCAUGGAGAUGUGGAUACUGUUGGACAAGGCUGCGAUCAAUCUUUAUUCAUUGUUGAAGAAGUACGCGCCUCCAUUUCUCCUCGACAUUUUUCAUUGUUUGCAUUUGAGCACUCUUCGAGACAUGGAACGCCUUCAUGGUGUUCGCUUAUAUCUUGCUAAAAGACACCAUUGUGCUGAGUUCUGCGACAUGACAAUUUUUGCAGAACCUGUCAGCGGUUGCUUUGCGGAACAAUAUUAUGACCAGCACUCGCCAGGAGAAAUGCAAGUUCUGCACGAGAAAAUCCUAGUGGCGGCAAAGCGAGCAGAAGACAUCAAGAAACAGGAGUGGCAAAGCAAAAGCGAUGAAUACGAAAAGUAUGUCAAGGAAAUGGAAGUUACGCCUUGCGCCUACGACUCUGACAAAAGCCUCGAUGAGGAUGAGCAUGUGAGAAAAUGCACAAAAUGCUUUCUUCGUCGAAAAAUGAAGCGAGUAAAAAUAGCAAGUCUCGAAUCUCCUCUUCCCUUGGAUCAAACCAUGCAGAAGGUAGUGAUUUUUGAGCUGGUCCGUCCGCAAGCUUUCGCUACAUAUCGUGAGGUAACAUGGCGAAUAAUCUGGGGUCUAGCAGUCUCAGGCCAGUCAAAAGCAGAUUCUCCUCACACUUUACUUGAAGAUUAUUCGCCAUUAAGCAUAUAUGCGGACCAUUCAGAUUACAAAUUUUCGCUUGCUUCUGACGCAAAGUCUUUUUCACAAACGCAUUAUAGGGAGACGCGGUUUCCUGUCAAGAUUGAAAAGGUCUGCCUCCCGAAUGGUCUUCGAUGGCGCUAUUUUGAUGCUUUCGCUAAAGUUUGGUCUGCAAAUGCAAAAUCGCAGCCGAGUUUUGAACACCAUUGUGGACUUGCUGUACCACCAACAUCUCCAUUAGCGCCUUUUUUAAACAUAGCAGGCAUAAUUGGAAAAUCAUCGAAUGAGAUUAUUGCCAGCCAGACCAAAUGUCCUCCCGGCGUCAAUAUUCAUGAGUUUCUGUCAUUGCAGGCACUUCUGUCCGGCGAGGCAAGACGUUGGCCUCAGAUUUUACAAGAACUUGGAUCUUCUAACGUGAAUUUCAGCUCUGAAUCUACGGUGCUACUCAUGUCCCACGUAUUCUCACAAGCUGGACCACAUUCUGUGACUGAUGUUCUUGGUACGGUACAUAGAAUAUUCAGCAAAGAAUCCUUCUGCGAGAAACUCUUGUGGCAGAUUGACGCGCGUGUGGACACAAUUCACUCAAGUUGGAGGGAAACUGGUUGCAUGGAGAUACUCAUAAAUUUGAGUCUGAGAUUGCUCUCAUUCGGUGUCAAGGUGCGACACGACAAGGCUCUCGAAUUACUUGACAAAGUACGCAUGAUUACCUUCGGAUGGAUCGAGCAAUUGCGUAUAGAAAUUCGAGCCACAAGAGAUGUCGAAACCUCAUGCAGUCUAUCCGAAUUUGCGUUAUGGGCCUCCAUCUUGUGUAGAAGCACAUUUGCGGUCUAUCUUGACGACACUCAUGCCUUGGACUUCAAAAGCUUGACAUUGUACAUUGGGAGCUCCAUUACAAUGCAAGAGAGCUUGGGGCUAGACCCAAUGCUACUCCCGCACAGGCUGAAGUGUGCCCUGAUGAGAUCACUAAAGUUAAGCUCCGAUCUGCGCCAUAAGCUUCGCACAGCACUCUUAAGUCAUCCAAGAAGCCUGAUCUCCAGUAUUGAUUCUAUUUUGCCUAAUCAAAAUGAUCGUGCCACUAGCAAAGCACCAGAUCCUGAAUUCCGACAUGAACCAAACGAGUGGUGGUUGAUGGCCACUAUCGAAACAUCAGGACAGUCAUCCAAAUAUAUUGACUUUCACCUCCUUGAAGGACACUUUCUUGUAGACGGUAAGCCCAUUGGAAGACUUCCCGCAGAAUAUCAACAACAUGAAGUUCUAAAGGAUUUAUUUGGCGACCGUAUUAUACGUGUUUAUCCCUCAUAUCUUCCUGACAUGAGCUAUAUGCUGCCAGGUUGGAUUAAAGAACAUGAGAUACACUUAGGCUUUCGCGCUAGCAAUCUUAUAAUCCGAGCUCGGUUCCAGGGAAAAAUCCUAGAAUUCAUACCGCGCGACAAAUUUUCUAGAAAGAGACUGUAUGGAACGUCAAGAUCAGACCUACCGGAUGACUUGCUCCAAAAUUGCACCCACUGGCUCAACACCACAACGAAGAAGAUAGAGAUUCGACGAGGUUCAAACUUCGAAGGGUCAAAGAGGGGUAAUUGGGUUAUUGACUUUAUCACACGAAAAGCUACACGCCACGGCGCCAAUCUGGUCGACGCAGGAAGCCCAGUAUUCCGUCAGAUCGCUCAAAUUUUCGAAAAUUUCGAAGACCCACGUUACAUCAUUGUUACCCUGUCUUCUAGAGGCUCCUUGAGAGUCAAGCUCCCACGCCUAGAGUUAGAUUUUGUGGUGAACAAGCUUGGACAUCUAGAGUGCCCUCAACUUCGAUCAGAAAUCGAUCCAAACCAAGAUGCAGGCACCUGGUACGGUCUGCUUUCAAAGAUUGUUCUGAGAGAGAUCACACCACAAGGCAAAGUCAUCGAAAACCGAAGAAGCAUCAUUGUCCCUCAGGGCCCUAUCAAUGUUAUUCGUGACGGAGUUCAUGUCGCGAUCAAGGUCGACAACAAUAGCAGUUACAGUCGGUAUACCGUCAACGAAACUCUUGGCCGCGUUGACUGUAGUCCACAACCCUUUUUGAUAUACUCGAAAGCAAUGUUUCAUGCCUACACGUCAUUCGUGCUUCCAGACCCCCUCACCAAGCGCACCGGCACCGAGGAGGCCCUCCACUGUUUGGAAUCAGGCUUUAGUCAGCCAUGCAUGCCACUCAGCUUUGAUGAAACAAAACCACUUUUGCAAAUGGCACGCCUAAGUCCAUCGAGGACAUAUUACCCCGCUGACCUCAAAGUAAUGCAAUCGGUAGCCUGGAACCCCGAUUUUACUACCAAUAUGCAGCAUGAUGGAUAUAGAAGACUAGUCGAAGCUAUCUUUUCUAAGUCUGAUGAGCUUGCCUUAUUCACAAAGACAAAGAAGUGUUUGCCAUUACUAAAUCAGCCUGACUACCCUCAUCUCUCCGCCAGAGGUCUAUCUCGCCGCCAACUGUACCAAAUACCGAACAAGGACUCAGUGAUUUACAGUGCGUCACACAACAUGCCAUAUACCGCCAGAGGUUUCUAUAGCCCGUUCAAUCAUGCAAAACAAGAAAACGUUUAUGAGUGCGUCUAUCUACUCCGGUCAUGGCCUUCAAUGCUACCGUUGGCUAUCGACCUCGUAGCUAUUCUCGAACACUGGCAAGACAUCGGCGGGUACAAAAAUUCUUUUCACAAGGCCGUCCUUAGCGAUAUAUUGGACAUCAACCUUUCUGCAGAAUGGGGUUCACUCGUCAAGCAUUGCUGUGAUUCUUCGAGGAAGGACUCGUUUCACCUAAUGUUUCUUUUGGGUAUGAUGGCCUUCCAAGAUAAUAUAAAUAUGGCAAUUAUUAAGAGCUUGAUUGCUUUUGCCACCGUGGAUGAACUGAAAACUAUCGCUAUGCCGGAAUGGAGCACCUUUACUCAUUUCGAAGACGCCGAGAAACCGGAGGCUGAAUUAAUUCGAGAACGAAUCAAGAACUGCGUAAUACCGUUCACAUUCAAGCAAGCCAAGCCGCGUGGCUCAAGGGCUAGAUCGGAUAGCGAUGUACAACUGAAAUUUAAACAUGAGGAAAAGCAAAACAAAGAUACUCGAGCAUUUGUGAAGCAUGUCCUUCAACAAUGGCCUUGCUCAGAACCUAGCAUUGAAGGAUUUCCAAAGUCGGAUGCUUUCAAUUUCACCCUCGCCUUAGAGCUCAUUCUCCUGGAGUGGCAUCGAAUGUAUCGAAAUGCAGAUUUAGCAAAAUAUCUUCUUAAAGUUCAGGAAGUCUUAGAUCAACAUUACAGCCCGCAGGAUUACGAUGUGCCCACUUUGGAGUCUGAAGAGCGAGUGAUUCUUCCCACUCGACAUAGAGGCGGAGAGCUUCUGACACUUGGUGAUCUUCUACGCAUGUCCUGCGUGUCAGAUGAACUCAAUAUGAGUCGGAGACGACACCCGAUCCAGAUCCGAACCAAUAAUCAAGCACUCACGAGCGCUCCAAGCGAUGCUAUAGGUUUUGCAGACUACGCUGUUCUCAGUAAAGACGCCCGCGACUUGCGCAAAAUCAUUCAUGAUUUCAUCACAGCUGAAUCACCGGUGCGUCAUCAGUAUGGGAAGGAUUUGAUGGAUAGUUAUGAAGCUCUUGAAAAGUUUCAAUCUGCAACCUGGGCCAGAGCCAAAGAUAACCAUGCGUUUUUGUCCGCUAGAGUACGAACUGAGCAGAGAGUACUCGAUACACACUUUUCACAGCUAUUUUAUGCUUUUGAAUCUGUCGAUCCUCGUGCCAGAUGGCUCAAAAAAGCUCAGCUCUGGCCGAGGGUUACCGCCGUAACACUCCUUGAAUCACUGCGUUCAUCCGCCGCUUCUAUAUCAAUGGGAUCUGGGGUACGAGAGUGUCUGAUCCGUUUCGGUGUUUCAAUUUCCAAUUUGCAGCGUCUGAAUCGCAUUCAUGAGGCCGGCUUGAGAAAUCAACGCCAGAAGCUGGCAGAAGAAGAAGCAAAUCCAGGCCAUGAAAAUUGGGAUCCGAGUGUCUAUACUGAUUGGUUACUUCUUGAGAUUGAUUCCGAUUUCACCAUUCGACCAGGUCAAAUUGAUGUUGGUAACGCUACUAUAAACCCUCCAUCUGGAUCGAACUCUGUUUUACAAAUGAACAUGGGACAAGGUAAAACAUCUGUCAUUAUUCCGAUGGCUGCCGCUGUCCUCGCUGAUGGCAAAAAUUUGCAUCGUGUGGUUGUUCCGAAAUCACUGCUCCGCCAGACUGCCCAACUGCUGCAGGCACGACUUGGAGGGCUGCUGGGUCGCGAAGUACGACACGUCCCAUUCUCACGGAAGUCUUCCACCAACAAAAAAACCAUCCAGACAUUUCUGCGGAUUCAUCAGCAUAUUCAACAACAUUCAGGAGUUAUGAUCGCCCUGCCUGACCAUCUCCUCUCUUUUAAAUUAUCGGGUUUACAAAGACUGUCGGACCAAGCCCUCGAUGAAGGCUCGUUCAUGAUCAAAGUACAAAAUUGGAUGGACUGGCAUGCUCGGGACAUCAUUGACGAAGUUGAUGAAAUUUUAGCGAUCAAGACUCAGCUCAUCUAUCCUUCCGGCGCUCAGAAAGCCGUCGAUGGACAUCCUUCUCGAUGGGAGAUCGCCCAAGAGUUGUUAAGACUUGUAGAGACGCAUGUGACUAAUCUGCAAAAAGACUUCCCUCACAGUAUUGAGGUAGUGGAGAGGGGACAGGGUAGAUUUCCGGUUAUCUACUUUCUUCGCUCAGACGUUGAGGACCAAUUAGUAUCUCACAUAGUCGAUGAUAUUAUUGCUGAUAAAUCUUCGAUUUUGCCCAAAGACUGCGACAUUGUUGACCGGAGUAUUAUCAAUAUAUUUGUUUCCGAGCGGAAGAUCUCGCCCGAUUUACUACAACUCAUCCAAAACAGUUCUGAGGGUGGCCACUUCCCCCAUAAAAAGGAGAUUCAUCUACUACGUGGCCUGUUAGUUGAAGGGAUUCUUGUCACAGCUUUGAAAAAGAGGUGGAAUGUUCAGUACGGACUGCAUCGAGCGCGUGAUCCAAUUGCUGUACCUUAUCAUGCCAAAGGGACCCCUAGCGAACAAGCAGAAUGGGGUCAUCCAGACGUCGCGAUCCUUUUGACCUGUCUGUCAUUCUACUACGAUGGACUGAGCAUUGAGCAGCUCCGCCAAAGUCUUCAACAUAUCCAGAGUUCAGAUGAUCCCUGCCAAACUUAUGCCGGAAUAUCUUAUAGUUCUAAUCUUCCUACCACGUUGACUGACUGGAACACUGUCAAUAUCGACGACGACAUACAGAUUAGGCAGUUGUGGCAAGGUAUGCGUCAUCAGAUGGUAGUCAUAGACUAUUUCUUGAACAAUUUCGUGUUUCCCCGACAUGCGAAACAAUUUCAGCUGAAGCUUCAAGCAUCCGGCUGGGAUCUUCCACUAUCCCCGCUUCAACACCAAAACCGAGCAGGCAGUACGGUACAGGUUUCGUCUAUCAAGACUCCAUUGACGACUGGAUUCAGCGGCACGAACGACUCGAAGCGGAUGCUUCCUCUGACAGUCCAGCAGAACGACCUUCCAGGGCUGGCUCACACGAACGCGGAGGUUUUGAGUUACUUCUUAGAGCAACGAAACAGAGAAUAUAUAGUGGCCGCAGACUACAAAGGCAGGCGUCUCUCAGAGGAAGGCUUAUUGCACGAGAUAACUAAUAGAGGUAUUCGUGUACUCAUCGACGCUGGUGCUCAGAUCUUGGAAUUGUCGAAUUCUGAUCUUGCAACCGCUUGGAUGUCCAUUCACGGCAACGCUCCAGCCAUUAUUUAUUUCAAGGGGAACGAACCGUACGUUCUGUAUCGAACAGGGCGCAGGGCACCACUGUUUGCAUCAGCCUAUGCGGAAGACCUUGGGGAAUGCCUUGUCUAUCUUGAUGAAGCUCAUACCCGUGGGACAGAUCUCAAAAUUUCGGCAAAAGCUAAAGGUGCCUUGACUUUAGGCCUGGGUCAGACCAAGGAUCAUACGGUUCAAGCUGCUUUACGACUUCGUCAGCUGGCGACUAGUCAAUCCCUUGUAUUUUUCGCGCCACCAGAAGUCCACCAGAGCAUCCUUGACUAUCGCAAUAAGACCAAAGAGAAUUUCAUUGACUCCUACGACGUUAUUCAUUGGCUAAUGGAGCAGACUUGUAGAGGCAACGAACUACUGCAAUCACUGUACGUUGCCCAAGGCUACGACUUCUAUGUCCGCCGUCAAGCUGCACUCAAGAACGCCAAGUUCCUUACUUACAAGAUUCAACGCGAUUUAUAUCUUGAUUGCUUAAGAAAGCCCGAGGAGCAGACCCUUGAGGAACUAUAUGGACCUCACCAACGAAGAGAGGAAUCUUUGCCUCUGUCCUCGUUCUCUCCCGCAAUUCAAACACAAUUAUACAAAUUGAACAAGCAGCGGAUGAGCUUUCAUAACACUGCUGGCGUAGCUCACACCUCUGCUUUUCAUGAAGUCGAGCAGGAACGAGAAGUCGCACACGAGGUGGAAAAUGUUCGUGAAGUACAGAAGCAGGUGGAUUACAUCCCUCAUGUUUUCCACUCCCUUCAUGAGGAUAUCCAAAAAUUUAUGGAAAUUGGAGAAUUUACAGCGAAAUCUUCAGCGUACAAACAAGCUUGGUUGGAAAUCGACAAGACAAGCUUAGGCAUUAAACACCCCAUCAAUAUUUCCGCAAUCUCUUCCAGACUCUUGGUAUCCAUCGAAUUCACGAAAACAAUCAAAAUUGCCAAGAGUAGCUCAAGUGAUCCGGACCUGGGUUGGGGUACAAACAGUAGAACAACCAGAGACCUUCCAGACCACUCUGCUGAUAACUUCUUACGGCCUGUGAACUGGGUUUUGUAUAGUCGCAGGGUUGACAUGGCCAUAAUUAUUUGCCCAGAGGAAGCGGAAGAAAUCAUUAAAUACUUCCAAAAGAGAUCUUUCUCUUGGUCUGCUCAGACUGCUCUUCUCACCUACGCAGCCCCGGUCACACGGAAAAUGCUUCACUUCAAUGAUCUCAAAUAUUAUACAAUGCCGGACUUACCUAGCACAUGGACAGCACCACCAAAUUGGCUCAAGGGAGAACUAGGUAUCUUUGCCGGACGUCUAUACUUCCAAUACGACGAAUACAAAUGGCUUUGCAACUUCUUGGGUAUCGACAACAGCCCAAAGUCAGAAUCAACCAAUAAAGCUACCGGAAUCUUGGACGAAAAAGCACUCAUAGCCGAAAACAUCUGGACUUUGAGAGCCAAAGCGGAAGCGGUCAAGAAACCCACGACAUUCACACCCAAGCCCUUGGUCUUCAUGCAAGAAUGGCUAUCGCUUCGCCGAAAGGGCCAGGAUUUCGCGCAUACACCGAUGGGUUUCGUCUGUCAGGGCAAGCCGUUGGGACCUGAUCAUCCGUUUUUCAAGGUCGUGAAGAACGUCGUGCAUGUGCCUGUGGCUGGGAAUAAGGCGGAGGUUGUUGAGAGGGAGGAGGAGGGGAGUGAUGUUGAUUUGUAUGAUGAUGAGUAUGAACAUGAUGAGGAUGGUGAGGAAUAUGGGAAUGAGGAUGAUGAGGGAAAGGAUGGAAAUGAUGGACAUGAUGAUGGAGUUACGAUUGGUGGUGAUUCUUGA